AUGGGGGAAUACACGUCAAAUCCAUCGAUGCCUCGAUUUGGUGCUGGCGCGGGCAUAAAACCGUAUGCAGAUGUGGAAGUAGCUCCCAGCCAGUCAUCAUCACGAAGUAGCCCAGACACAUCUCAGCCCACACGACGAGCCGGCCGCAAAAUACCAAAACACUACGAGCAUAUUCCAAAGGGUGCAUACGCCAACGCAGAGAAGCAUGGACGAAAAUCGCGCUCCCGCGCGGACCCGCAAACGUCAGCCCGUCUAAACCGCGGCCAACCUUGGAAUAAGCAGGUUGGCCCUUCAGGGGGCGAGUUGCUUGGGGGCGACGCCUUCCUUGACGCCUGUAUUUGCACCACAGCUUGCAACUGCAGGAAAAGCGAGCGCGUCAUAUACCUUGCACGAAAUGACCUCCGUAAAGGCAGCGACUCAGACGAGGAGGAUUAUACCUACGGUAGCGGUGAGAUCAGGUACAUACUGAAAACAGAUCUAGGCAAGGACUGUGGAGAUCACUCGGGCUGCAAGAAAAGCGAGAGCAGUGACAGUGAAAAAGAGCAGAAGAGCAAGAAGAAGAAGAAGGACAAAAAAGAAGAAAAGAAGCGGAAAGACGAGUUCGACAAGUUCAAAGAGGAUAUACUAGAAGCGCUCAACGGGUUGCAAGACCUGAAGAAGGACAGUCACCAACGAGAUAGAACCGAGAGCGGCCCCACAAGACAACCUUUUGGAGGGGCAGGCAUAAGGCCGAGUGCGUUCUCGAUCAACGAUAUGGAUAUGAAUCCACGAAUAGCCCAGCAGAUGGGCAUGAUGAACGGUGAUCCGUACGGCACGGGUCGGAUGCCACCUGGCAUGGCUGAUCCAACAGGUAAAUGGCGCAUGCAUCCUAGUAUGGAACUGGGUAGAAUGGGCGGUGGCAUGGAAACUCCUGGUUUGGGAGGCUUUGAGAAUGACAUGGGUGAUAUGGGUGACAUGGGGAUGAUGGGAAAUCUAUACAUGCAACCUGGCAUGAUGAACAAGAAGGGUAUGCGGCCCAGCUUCAUGUUGCAUCGUGGGGCGAAGGCAGGCAGACAGUUCAGCAAUGGUGGCAUGAGAAUGGACAUGGACAUGGAUCAAAUGGCCGCAAUGUAUGGCAGGGCCAUGGGAGGUGGCCGCGGAGGUAUGAUGAUGAUGGGUGGUGGAGGUGGUGGUGGAGGCAGGCGAGCCCACUUAGACUCGGAGUCUGAUGAUUUCGAUCUUGGGCUCGGGCCUUCAGUGCGGUCAGGCAUGCGACAACAAGCUGGCCGUGACCGGGCCGGACGUGGCAGUAGGAGACCAGGCAAUGAAGACAAGGAUAUCCCAAUCAGGCGUGACUUCGGAGGCAGCCCGCUUGCAAGGGCCAACGGCAGUCAGGAUCGAGGCAAGCAGCCCCGAGUUGAUACAGAUGACGACGAUGCUUAUUGA